UGAGGAAACCGAAAGGAAGAAGAAAAAAAGAAAAACACCCUUUUCUUUUCUUUUCUUUUCCUUUCUCUCUUCUCUCUUCUCUCUUCUUCUUCUAUCUAUCUAUCUAUCUAUGCCUCUUUCAUCUUUCUCUCUCUCCCUCAAUCUCUUCACCCCAAUCAUCUCUUCUUCUACCUUCCUUAAUUCUAUCACCAACAUAGCCUCAGACACAAACAUACCCACUUCUCGUUUCUCUUCUUAGGCCUUAUUAUCUCUCACACACACAAACACACCAUAUUAUAACCACAUCAUCAAACCACUUCCCAUAGAGUGUACCAUGUUAGCCAAUAACUUAUCUCCAUCGUCAGUUCCCACUUCUGAGCCUUUUCCCUGCACUGAAAAUGCCACUGCCACCAAUAAAAGGAAGAGAAGGCCCGCAGGAACUCCAGAUCCAGAUGCAGAGGUGGUGUCCCUCUCGCCCAAGACUUUGCUGGAAUCGGAUCGUUAUGUGUGUGAGAUCUGCAACCAGGGGUUCCAGAGGGACCAGAACCUUCAGAUGCAUAGGAGGAGGCACAAGGUGCCGUGGAAGCUAUUGAAGAGGGAGACACCGGUGGUGAGGAAGAGAGUGUUUGUGUGUCCUGAACCAACUUGUUUGCACCAUGACCCUUGUCAUGCCUUGGGUGAUCUUGUUGGGAUAAAGAAGCAUUUCAGGAGAAAGCACAGCAAUCACAAGCAAUGGGUCUGUGAAAGAUGCUCCAAAGGCUAUGCAGUGCAGUCUGAUUACAAAGCACAUCUCAAAACCUGCGGUACCCGGGGCCACUCCUGUGAUUGUGGCCGCGUUUUCUCGAGGGUGGAGAGUUUCAUUGAGCACCAAGAUGCUUGCAACAUGGGGAGGCUCAGGCCAGAAUCUCAGCCACUUCAACCCUCUGCGUGCCUUUCUAGAACAGCCUCAAGCCCAAGUCCUUCAAGUGAAACCAAUUUCAGCACAGCUCCUUGGCCAACAAGGAUCAUAAUACCAAAGCCAACUGAACCACCCACAAUUUUCAUGAAUAACCCUACUGCUCAUGCUAUCACCACUGCUGAAACCUCAUCCAAGAACAACAAACUCCACCCCAACUUGGAUCUCCAACUCUCAACUCCCACCACCACCAACAACAACAACAACAUCAACAACAACAGUUCAAACGUUGCAAACCCCAUUGAUGCUGCAAUAUCAACAUCAUUAUCACCUAAGAGGGAUCAUCACGAGAACCACUCAACCCAUUUGCAACUCUCAAUUGGGUCAUCAGAUGUGAGUGAGAAAAAUGAAUCAAACAGGAACUCAUCAGAGAAGAGCAGCAACAGCAACAAUGGGAAGCAGUCCAACAUGGCCUUAUUGAGGGUUCAAGAGCAAGCAAGGGAACACUUGAGGAUAGCCAUGGCUGAGAAAGCAUAUGCUGAGGAAGCAAGGAAACAAGCCAAGAGGCAGAUUGAACUUGCGGAACAAGAGUUCACAAACGCCAAGAGGAUAAGACAACAGGCACAAGCCGAACUCGACAAGGCCUACGCCUUGAAAGAACAUGCAAUGAAGCAAAUCAACUCCACCAUGCUCCAAAUCACCUGCCUCGCUUGCAAACAACAAUUCCAAGCUCGAAAUGCAACCCCCGACGAGAAUUCCUUGGUGUUGAGCUACGUGUCUUCUGCUAUAACCACAGAAGGAGGAGAAGUUGAAAAUGAUAACGGAAAAGACCAUGGCAAAGACAACUAACUCUACUUAUUGAGAGAUAAUCAUCUUCAUCAACAUCAUCUUUCUCUCUAAAGUUUAUUCUGUAUUUUAAUUUUCUAUGUCCUCCUUUCUAUGGGUUAAUACUUAAUACCCUUUUUUUCCAAUGCAACGCUAAUAUCUUUGUGAAUUGGUAUACCAAGUGAAGUGAAGUGAAGGUGAGUGAAGUUGAUUAUGUAAGUGGGAGUAUAAUAGCGCACGUGAUGGAGAAAUUAAAGAGUGUAAUUCUUCGUGUAACUUGCAGUUUAUUGUGCCAUGUUAUUUGUUAAUUAAAUUUGGUAUAAAUGCAGACUA